AUGAAGUCGACCAAGUCCUCGCGUGUCAGCCUCCCACACCGUGGCCGCUCCUCACGGACCGUCGAGAGCCAUGGGUCCACCUCGCCAACCAGACCAGCACGGGCUGAAGAUGAUACUAUGUCAGAAGCCAGAACGAGCCAUGGCAUAUCUACUUCAGCCCCGCCUCUCGUCCACAGCCAGGUCACCAAUGUCUGGGUACGAGAGUCUUCUGGUGGUAUCGAAGCUAUGCGACGCAAGAUGAGUGCUGCUCUUGCCCAUAAGCAACAAAUGCGAGUCGCCGCGUCGCGAGCCUCUCCAGAUGCCGCAAAACAAGGCGAUCAAUCAGAACCUCCGGCAUCUCUUCUCCAUACCGAGUCCAGUUCUGAUGAAUCCGUUAACACAGGCACUCUUUCAACAGAUUCCGCAGCGACAGUCAAAGCAGCUUUUGACAUGACACCUGGCGCUGUCCGGACACCCUCAUAUCCUUUUCCUCGCAUGGCUAUGAGACUCCGUCGUGGUAUAAGCCAACGUUCAGGCCCAUCGCACAAACCUUUCACCCUGCUGUCUCCGACCAACGAGCCGCUUCUUGGAACCGAUAACCCGCUGCAGCCAAAGCUCCAGCCGGUCACAUCCUCCUCGGAUCUCAGGACACGUUUGGGCCAGACGCCCAUGAGCCCCGGAUUUCCCGAAGAUCCUAAUUUCCCUACCCCAGAUCUAUAUGAUCUGAUCCUUAUGUUAAACGCCGAACCGGGUCUGGACAUGUGGUGGCCGAAUGUGACGGAGAUUCUCUCCGAGGUGUAUGGCGCUGAACGGGCAUCCCUGGCGGUUCCUGGUGACAUCACCGAUCUAGAAAAUGUGCCAUGGGCCCAGAAGGCUACCUACGACAUAUAUGGUAGCGAUGGAGUGCCUCCUUCCCAACCGGAGUCGCUGACUGCAUCAGAGGUUGAUUCCAGCUCCGUAGGAAGACGACCGGAACCUUUAAGUCGAAUGCCGAGUGAUGCUAGUACAAUCCCGGUCCCUCGACCUCCUCUCCAGUCCAGACACUCGAUUGCUGGCCCAGCGCCCGAUUCCUCCAUCCGUGGUGCACGGCAGAGACCUGCGGGGCCUGUCCGUGCCUAUAGCACCGCGACCAAGGAACGGAAUGAGGAGAUUUCAAUACCUUCGCCAAUAUUACCCCGGCCGACCAAACAGGCGGCCACUCCCCGGUCCGUAUCUGCAGCUGAGUCGGACACGCUCAUGUUUAAAGGACAGUUCAAUUCUGCUGGCUCUGCACCUUCCAAACUUCGGUGUCAUGUCCAUCGUACAAUUCAGCCGCUGGAAGCGGAACCAGACCCUUUGCUGGUCCGCACCGGAGUCUCGCCUCUCUUUGGGAAGAGGAAGCCCAUUGUUUUAACAAGAGCAUAUUCGGAACAUGCCCCAAAGCACCCGUCGAAGACAAAAGGCGGGGAGGAUGAUCGAAGUGUACCACCUACUCCAUCUGGAGGAGUUGUUGAUGACCGAAAGACUCCUAGACUCGAAGAGAUUCAACCACCAUCACGUCCUGUUUGCGCCUUUGAUGAGUUUGAGCAACCGGAGCCCUCCCCGUGGUCGCAGAGUCCCUCGCCUUCACCCGCUGCACGUCCCGACCCAGCGGAGUCACCUUUCUUCGCACAACCAACUGCAUCGAUAGACGAGACCGCGUUUGAGCCAAAUCCUCCCACAUAUAACUAUGCCACCACGGCGAACCAGCCCUUAAGUGCAAUUGGGGCCGAUAUGUCGAAGACUCUGAUUCACAUUCCAUUGAUACAGCCGGUUCUUACCAGAGGCACUCUGGCAUCGAAUUUACGGUUUCCAAUAGCCAUCCUCUCGUUUUUGUCCACACUCAAUCCAUAUCCACGAAGUCUACGACGCUCACUGGAGGCCUUAUUACCGCACCUGGCAAGCUCAUUUUCUCUGGCUCAACAGCAUACCUUGCUUCAAGAUCACCUGCGCGGCAGCUCAGGAAGUCGUCAUGGAGCAGCUUUCGGGCUCGGGGGGACCUUCUCGGACGAAGGUUCUGAACUGGAGUUGGUAGCAGAAUUAAGCGGCCAAAUCGCGCAAGAUAAAGAUAAACUGAGGGGAUUCAACGUCCAAGAGGGUUCCAGCCCGGGAGCCUUGAAAGAAAGCCCGCCCAGUUCCGUGGCUAGCACACCGCUCAUGGACCGUUUCGGCCUCAGUUCAGGACAGCCACCGACUCCAAGUCGAUCGGAAAUGAUAGAUGGUUACUUUUCGGUCCGGAGACAAAGAGCAAGUCAACCACCGCAAACUCCUGGCCCCCGCCCGACGAAAGAUGAUCCAGACCAAAAGAAACAAACCUCGGAAAAGCCACCCUCCAAUGCCAAAGCAACGGGUAAAAAGUCUGCUGGCAGCGCUGGAAAGACACAACCCGAUCCCCUGAGCCCAAUGGCGAUCCGAAGUGCUAGCACUACCUCUGAAGGCGAAAUGGGUGAUUAUUCCUGGACGGCUACAUCUUACGACCGAGCGGAUCCGAACCUUCGGCGGCACCCUCAACGACGUGAAAGCCAGGGCAGAGAUGAUGGAGAAAGACCGCUGCCCGAGCUAAUAUCGUCUUUGAUGUUGAAUGCGGUACCACUCCAAUUGUUCCUCGCCAAACCCGGAACUGGAGACUUGGUAUGGACAAAUCGCAAAUUUGACGCGUUCCGGAGCCAGGGGGAGGGUCGUGUUCGGGAUCCUUGGAAAAAUGUUCAUGCGGCAGACAGAAAUGGUCUGGUGAAAUUAUGGAAUGAGGCCCUCAGAACGGGAAGUCAGUUCACACACUACAUCCGGGUGAAGAGAUUCAACAGCGACAGUGAUUUCAGGUGGUUUGUGUUCCGAACAAGCACUUUACUCAGCAGCAACGGUCGGCUCUUGUAUUGGAUUGGAUCGUUUCUGGACGUGCAUGAGCAGUAUAUGAAAAAUCUAGAGGCGAGCGAAAGGGAAGCAAUCAUGGCUCGUGAUACCAAAAUUCGGGCGUUAGCGGACGCGAUCCCCCAAAUUUUAUUCGAAGCUAUCGAGGGAGACGGCAUUGUGGCUGUCAAUCAGCAGUGGCAUUCAUAUUCGGGUCAGACUCUGGACGAUGCUCGAGGACUAGGGUUUGCGAAACACGUUCACCGUGAUGACCUGCACAAAUGUGGUAUUUUGUCUCCAUCGGACGUGGCGGCGAUUGCGAGAUCAUCAACGGCCAAUCAUCGGGCCGAUACUGCCAAUGAGUCGAGCAGAACCGUUGCGCCUCCUCUGCCUACCCAAAAGAACCUCUUCUCCCCCGAUUUGACCUCACUGGACCGCAUGAUCAAGCAGGGUUCGGUGAUGGUGGAAAAGGAUGAGAAUGGCCGCUUGUCCUAUCUGACCGAGAUUCGAUUAAGGUCAAAGGGUGGGGAGUAUCGAUGGUUCCUGGUACGACUCGUCCGAGUCGACACGGGAUCAUGGCAGAGCCAAAGCGGACGUGCAUCCUGGUACGGUACUUGUACCGACAUCGAGACCCGUAAAGCCCUUGAACGAGAACUCAAUCAGGCCAAUGAGAAAGUCCAUUCGGAAAUGGAGUCCAAGACCAAAUUCUUUGCCAAUAUGUCCCACGAGAUUCGAACACCCCUGAACGGUAUCCUCGGAAGUAUGCCCUGGCUAGUUGAGUCGGAGCUGGACCAUGAUCAAAGGCGGACAGUCGACACCAUCCAGAAUAGCGCGAACAACCUCCGAGAGCUCGUGGACAAUAUUUUGGAUGUGACCAAGGUUGAGGCCGGAAAGAUGACGCUGCUUCCAAAAUGGUUUCACGUUCGAACUCUCUGCGAAGAGGUGGUGGACACGGUGUCGUCAAGGGCUAUCGAACGUGGCCUGGAACUAAACUAUUCCCUUGAAGCAAACGUUCCUUCGAUGGUAAAGGGCGAUGCUUUCAGAGUGCGGCAAGUCCUCCUCAAUCUCCUGGGCAAUUCCGUCAAAUUCACGGAGCAAGGCGAAGUGUACAUGCGGUGCUCACUUCGAGAGGCUCCUCCAGCGAGUCCGAAACCAGAGGGCAUGAACUCGGCUCUUCUUGCAUUUGAUGUCGUUGAUACCGGGCGCGGAUUCAAUGCAAACGACUUCGAACGAUUAUUCAAGCAAUUCGGCCAGGUUGGCGGAGCGAGCAAUCAUGAAGCAGGCUCCGGGUUGGGCCUUUUCCUCUCGAAACAACUGGUGGAAAUGCAUGGAGGUGAAUUGUCUGUGAAAAGCAAAGCAGGUGAAGGUUCCACCUUCAGCUUUCACGUCAAGGUAGAGGUCGCCCCUCCCGGCUCCGAGAUUAGCUCUCCUCCCAUCAUCGCAAGACCGGGGCGGCAGAGGUCUUUACAAGCCAUAUCUGGAAGUUUGCUCUCACGAUCAAAUCAGAAAGUGCCAUCCGUCGCUUCCGCCCGAGGCGUGUUGCCAUCGGAGGGGAUUAUUCAGAGUCCCGGACUGUCCAGAUACGUCAGCCCUCCUGACCGUCGAUCGCCUUCCGUGCCCUCACCGACGGUAUCAUCACCGGCAGUGGUCUCGCCACCUGUCCUACCUUCUGACAGAUCUGGGUUGUCAAUGCGAUCGGAUUCGGCCCAGAUCCUAGGUACGUCAACCGUUUCUUCGCUAGUUCCUACUCCUGAAUCGGUCCCAUCCGGCGAUAUCAGCAUCGCCACGAGCGAUCGGCCAGUGUUGUCGGAGAAAGUCAUGUCGGCACACCCUAUCUUCCGACGGAGCAAAAGUGACAACGACGGCAGCGGUUUGGCCCCGGAAAUGGCACAUCCGCAGACGUACUCGAUUAUCAUUAUUUGCUCGGCUGAGCACGCGCGGGCCGCCAUCAAGCAGCACAUUGAGCAUGUGAUACCGUAUCAGAUUGCCGCGAAUGUGACGACGAUACCGAGUAUUGGGGACUUCCUGACCCUCAUGAAUGGUCCCUCCUCGCCAACAUUCACUCACAUUGUCUUGGAUAUUCCCACCUCCGACGUUAUGCUAUUUAUGAGACAGAUGGCAACUUACACGCCCCCCGUGACUCCCGCUCUGGUGGUGAUCACGGACCACUACCAGAAGCGUGACAUCUUGGAAGACUUUACGAUGCUGACCAGCAGGGGACGCAAAGCAUAUUUGAUCCAUAAACCUGUCAAGCCUUCGGUGUUUGCCAUGAUUUUUGACCCCGCGCAAUUACGAAAUUUGAGCAAGGAUCGAGCACGAGAAGUUGCCCAGUCCAGCUCUGACGACUUUAAGCACAUGGCAAAGCUGGUCAAGGACAAAGUCGGAGACAAGCAGUACCGGGUGUUGCUGGUGGAAGAUAGUGACGUCAAUCGGAUGGUGAUCCAACGAUAUCUCAAGAAGGUGGCGUUGGAGAAUGAAUGCGCCAAAGACGGCCAGCAGUGCGUGGAGAUGGUGCAGGGCAAAGUGCCCGGAUAUUAUUCCCUGAUCAUCUGUGAUAUUCAGAUGCCGAUCAAGAAUGGGUACGAGGCCUGUACAGAAAUCCGAGACUGGGAAAGCCGUCACGGGUACCGUCCUUCGCCUAUCAUGGCCUUGACAGCAAAUGCCAUGCCUGAAGAACGAGCCGCGGCAGCCAAUGCGGGAUUCACCGACUAUCUAACCAAACCGGUCGAUUUCAAUGUGUUGGGGACCAUGAUGAUGACGCUACUAGAUCCAAGCGUACCACACGUGUUCCUACGUGAUAGGCCUCUGGAAUCUUGA